CUGUUCGGUAAACAGAUGUUUUUCGUCUGCCUUAUCAAAUAGAAAAUUAAUAUUCGCAAGCCGAAAAGUGCAAUGUUAUAGCAGCCCACGUAUCUGAUAUGUCCAAGCGCAACAACAUCUCGUACGUCAAGCCGCAGGAACCGAGUUUUUUGAGGAAGCUGAAGGAGGAAAUCGGCUACAAGGAAGGACCCAGCAUAGAGACCAAGCGCCAACGCUUGGAGACCGAGCAGGAGGACUACGAUUCUGGCGAGGACUCGCGGCCGGAAAGGGAGGACGAACUGCCGCAGGUGGUGGUCCUUAAGCCGGGGGAUCUUUCCGCCGAAGAGGCCAAAACGGAGAAACUGUUGGCCGCCAAAGAACUGGCCGAGAAGCGUGCGGAUCUGAGCCAGCCCAUAGUCUUCAAGCAGCGCGUCAAGCAGCCCAACAUCGAGGAGGCCAAGUCCGAGUCCGGAUCCAGCAGGAAGUCCGAGAAAUCCGGAAAGAAAUCCGAGAAAUCCAAGAGCAAGCAGUCCAGGGCGGCCAGCAGUAAGCUGUCCUUCAACGAGGACGAAGAAGACGAGACGGCCGAGGAUUGA